GCGGGACCAACAACAGAAUCCAGCGAUGCAACAGAGUCCGUGGACCGUGGCGGCGUGGGUUGGCGCUGUUCUCGUCGUCGCCACGAUCGUCGCAUGGGUACAAGACGCUUCGGAUGAGGUUGCUGCGCAGAAGAAGCGCACCAAGCAACAGCGCCGGCAAGAGCGCAUCGACCAUCGCCGCGCCGCGAUCGACGCCCGCCGAAGAGACAAGAAGCUCCAGCACGAGGCUGAGCGCCAAGCUUCGUACAAAGCCCACGACGAGUGUAUCACCCAAGAAGAAAAGCAGAUGCGGUACGAUGCCAAAAUUGCGCAAAAGCAGCUCGCCAAGACCCAGCUCGAGGACAAGCUCAACUACGCCAUGGCGACAGGCCUCCGCGUCGUCGUCGACCUGAGCUUUCUACGCGACCAAACACCGCGCGAACGCCACAGCGUCAUCAAACAAGUGGCUUGCGUGUACGGUGCGAUGAAGAAGAGCGAACUCCCAUCUCUUCUCUCGCUCCACCUCGCGUCGUACGAAGGCGACAUUGCUGCGCUCUGUGACAAGCGCGGUGCCAGCGCAUGGAAGGUGACGCGCCAUGCCGCCCCAAUAGAAGAGCUUUUUCCGGGCGACACGAUCGUCCUCUUGUCGCCCGACUCGCCCAACGUACUCACGGAGCUGGACCCAGCAACCGUCUACGUCGUCGGUGGGAUCGUCGAUCGCACGGUCCGCAAGAGUGAGACCAUGGCCAAAGCCGCGGGUGUCCACCGUAUUACGACGGCGCGCCUGCCCGUGCAAGAGACGUGCUCUGUUCGAUCGCAUGUGCUCAACAUCGACACGGUGCUGCUGGCGCUCAUGGAAGUCGCCAACCACGGCGAUUGGCACCGAGCCUUUGAAGCAACGCUGCCCAAGCGAUUCUUCCGCGAGGCCAAAGAGUAAACAACUCGACGACCGGGCGAAUGGGAGCGAACACGAACGUUAUAAAAUGCGCAUUAACAAAGACGAGUGCAGAGGACG